GCUCGAAAGCAGUGUUAACUAUUCAAGGGUCUUGCCUAGUUUCAGCUUUGUCACCUGUGGCAAAAUGUAGACAUUAUGAUGUAUAUAAUAUAUAGAGUAUAUACAGGGAAAUUGAUUAUGAAAUAUUUACAUUAAUGUGAUUUUAUAAUAAUUCUAAAUGACAUUUAAAAUUUGAAUUGUUGAAAUGUAUUGUUAUACGAGAUUGCUCAACUUAAACCAUUUGAUUGCAACGUCAUUAAAUUAUUAUUUCGGGGUGGGUGGGGGCACUCGACCUAGAAUAAAACAUUAAAAACUCCCCGUUUUUACCCGUAGACGCAGUGGACUGUCCGCUUGGCAGGUCAGGUUGUGUACUAACGUACUCCUUUAUCCGGUCUUCUCAAUUAUUUGUGGCGCUGGCAGUUGCCAAGGCCUUGAUCGGGAGAACGACGUGAGAUUGGACUGACGUAAUUGGUUACAGACUCGCAGCCUCUCACUAAAGGUUAACGACGCCAAUGAUGUGAAUCCGCGUUAGUUCCCUACGGUAAAUGCUUUCUGUUGAUUACAAAUCAAUAAAUAGCAAGAACAGUGUCGAUUUAGCGGUCCUCUAAAACAAAGGACUGCAACGGCUGCGCAAGAACAAGAAACUAGGCAUCAGUGGAGAUUCCUGACCGACACAAUAUCAGCGGAUCUCAUUUGUUGUUAACUGGAAAACCAGUGAACAAAACAUCCGCUACUGUACCGCGAGACAGACACGGCUACUAUUCUCCACUCUGAAAGAGCACGUCCUGUGUAGUCCAACUUGAAUCCCCCACCCCCUUACAACUCUUCUAAGCAAGCACACCCCAGUCUCUACGCCUUGUCGUAAAGGAUAGGGCUACAAAAACGUCGUCCGAUGCUUUUCCAUUUACGCGUUGCUGUCUGGAUAUUGCUCUGUUUUGAUUCCGAAGAAAGGACUGGGAUCGGGCAAUAACCUACUACGUGCCUUUGUUCAGCUGAAAUAGGAACGGGUUCCUCCAGGCUCUCGCUGACUCUGUGCUCUGCGUCCAGGCUGGAACGGAGGCCAUGGAGGUGGGCAGCCUGCCGGUGGAGGUGUGGCGGCUGAUCCUGGCCUACCUGGCGCUGCCGGACCUGGGCCGCUGCAGCUUGGUGUGCCAGGCGUGGCGCGAGCUCAUCCUGAGCCUGGACAAGACCCGCUGGCGCCAGCUGUGCCUGGGCUGCCCCGCGUGCCGCCACCCCAACUGGCCCAACCGGCCGCAGCUGGAGCCGGCGUCCUGGAGGGAGGCGCUGCGGCAACACACGGUGGCCAGCCGCACCUGGACCCGGCACGGCCCCGAGCCCGGCUCCUCCAGCUGCCUCUACCUGUUCCGCCGCCGGCAGAGCCGCCGGGCCUGGCACGCGGGCCCCGGGCGCGAGCACGAGACCCUCCGGGGGGCGCUGUCCGCGGCGGGACCCUACGACAGGGUGGUGCUGCACCCCGGGGUGUACGAGGAGCAGGCAGAGGUGAUCCUGAGGGUGCCCGUGGAGAUCGUGGGCAAGGGGAAGCUGGGGGAGGUCACCCUGCUGGCCUGCAUGGACCAGCAGUGCCCCACCGCCAGGCUCUGCAACCUGGUCCUCAUGCCAGCCUGGUUCUCUCCUGUGGUCUACAAGACGAGCUCGGGACACGUGCAGCUUGAUAACUGUAACGUGGAGGGGGGCCAGCUGCAGGUGCGAGGUCCCGGGACCUGCCAGGCGCGCUUCUGCUCCUUCGGGCCAGGCAGCCGGGCCCACUUCCAGGGCGUGGCCCUCAGCCUGCUGGACAGCUGCGACUUCUCUGGCAGCGACGGAGCGUCCGUCACCGUGGAGGGCCCGCCCACCUCCGACCGCAACUGGGCCUGCAGACACCUGGCGGCCUUGGCCAGGUCGUCCCCCGCCCCCGCCCCCACCGGGGACCGCCCCCACAGCCCCCACCUCCCCCACGGCCCUCACAGUACCCCCGGUCCCCCCGCCCCCCCUGGCCUGUGGCCCCCGGGGGUGGGCAUCACCCUGGGGGAGCUGUGGGGGAAGGGAGGAGAGCGGACGCUGCGGCACUGCAGGGGGCGGGGGGGUGGCGCUUUUGGGGGGGGCACCAUGAUUGGAGACAGCUGCAGCGAGAGCGAGCCGAGUGGGGAGGAGGAGGAGGAGGAGGAAGAGGAAGGAGAGGCUGCUUUCAACCCGGCGCUCUACAGACUCUCUCACAGUGGCCAUGGUCUCUCUCACCUUCUGGAGCAGUUCCCCAGCUCGUCCUGUGCCCCGCACAGCCCCCCCGCUGCCCCCCCCGAACUGCGCACCCUGCAGGAGGAGCUGGAGCAGGACAGGGAGGCGCAGGCUCUGGCGCGGGUGGUCCUGGGGUGCCUGGUGCGCCGCUGUCUGUUCCGGGACGGAAAGGGGGGCGUGCUGGUGUGCAGCCACGGCCACGCCCGCAUGGAGGGCAACGUGUUCCGCGGCCUGACCUACGCCGUCCGCUGCGUCCAGAACGCCAAGAUCGUCAUGCUGUGGAACGAGGUGUGCGGCUGCCGUGCGUCGGGCGUGUUCCUGCGCCUCUCAGCAGCCGGCCUCAUCGCCGAAAACAACAUCCACUCCAACGCUGAGGCGGGGCUGGACAUCCGCAAGGGGGCCAACCCCAUCGUCCUGUGUAACAGAAUACACAGUGGUCUGCGUUCUGGAAUUGUUGUCCUUGGAAACGGGAAAGGUUCCAUCCGGAGCAACCAGAUCUACGGCAACAAGGAGGCAGGGAUCUACAUCCUGUACAAUGGAAACCCUGUGGUGAGCGGGAAUCGCAUCUUCCAGGGCCAGGCUGCAGGCGUUGCCGUGAAUGAGAACGGCCGGGGGCUGAUUGUUGAGAAUGUGAUUUGGGAGAACCAGUGGGGAGGUGUGGAUAUCAGGAGAGGAGGCGACCCGGUCCUGAGGAACAACUUCAUCUGUCAUGGCUACUCCGACGGUGUGGUGGUGGGCGAAAGGGGCCGAGGACUCAUCGAGGGAAAUCACAUCUACUGUAACGGCGGCUGUGGCGUUUGGGUGAUGUCCUCCAGCCUGCCGCAGCUCUCGGGUAACCGCAUCGCGCACAACUGCGUGUACGGCGUGGCGGUGUUCUGCUGCAAGGACGCCGCAGACGCGGGGGGUGGGGCUGGGCCCGGGGCUGGCUACCUGCUGGGCCACGGAGGGGGCGUAGCGGGGGGGCAUGACAACUUCAACGAGGAGGGCGAGCUGCUGGCGUGGGAGAGCGACCUGGACAGCGAGGACGAGCGGCACUCCGCCCACCGACCCGUCAGCGUGGCGCUGCUGGAGGGCAACUACAUCGCCCACAACGGAGCGGUGGGGCUGUAUGUGAAGACCAGCGAGGCGCUCAACGUGGCGGGAAACGCCGUGCACGGCAACAAGGGCGCCGGCGUCUCCGUGCUGCAGAGCGGUCAGCUGACCCGGCUGCUGGCCAACUGCGUCUGCGGCAACGCCCGCGCCGGGGUCGCCGUGGAGAUGGGCUGCCAGGUGGAGCUGCGCGGCAACGGUGUCUAUGACAACGGUGGCCACGGCGUCAGCUGGCGUGGCGACGGGCAGAUCAUGGAGAACGACAUGGUGGGGAACCGGGGCAGCGGCAUACGGCUGGCGGAGAGCGCCGACGUCAAGGUCCUGAGGAACCGGGUCCAGCCGGGGCGUGGCAGCGGCAUCGCCGUGCUGGCGCAGGUGAGGGGGCAGGUGCAGGAGAACACGCUGUUCCAGAGCCGGCCCGGCAGCACCAAACCGCUGCUCCACCACGACCCCGCCAACAGCGCCUGUCUGCUGCUCAACAACACCCUGCGCAGCUGCUCCAAGACCAGCCAAUCAGACACCCUCUGGGCCCUGGAGAACCCCUUGCCACGCCCGCAGCGGAACGGCCAAUCAAGCGCAGCCCUGUCUGGCACCCCCGCCCAUCACGCCACGAGCGGCAGCAUCACCACCAGGGUGGAAAGUGGUUGCCAUAACAACAGCAGCGUCCUCUGCUCCAUCCUGUGAGCUCCUCCCCUCCCCUGGGUUCUCCAGACACACCGAGUGCUCAGCGCUGAAAGUUCUCAGAACUGCAUCCUAACACUGAGGGGAACAUGCUGCUGUACAACCAUGGAGGCUGCUGGGACUGAGUGUGACUGAAUGGACCCUCCCUGCAGUACAGGGGGCUGACCAACCCAAUGUUCCAGAACCAAAACAGCUGUGAUCAGCAUUCUGAGCGUCUGUGACAUCACAGAUUUGCCAGCAUUCUGUAUGACUGCAUCCCAGGUGUCUGUGACAUAGAUAUGAUAUCUUUAAACGCUUCUCCAUAUGGAGUCUUUCUCCUGAAGUGGACUUAGGGCGACUGGGGCGACUUAGCUCAGGAGGUAAGACCGAUUGUCUGGCAGUCGGAGGGUUGCCGGUUCAAACCCCGCCCUGGGUGUGUCGAAGUGUCCUUGAGCAAGACACCUAACCCCUAACUGCUCUGGCGAAUGAGAGGCAUCAAUUGUAAAGCGCUUUGGAUAAAAGUGCUAUAUAAAUGCAGUCC